CUCAGUCACAUUGGAGCUCAGUCGUGCUUUUGUGUGUAUAAGAAGAGAGCAAAUUUGUUUCAAUUUUUUUUACUGAUAUCAAAUCAAAUUAAAUCAAUUAAACAUCAUAGAUUUUGUGUUCUGAAGAAAAUAAAAACUAAAACUAUGAAUUGGCUUGGAAAAGCGUUGACUGCAAUUGUGGAUUCUGAGCGUAACACCGAUUGUAAAUUUAUCAUUAAUGAUAAGGUCUAUUUAGGCCAUAAAUUGAUCUUCUCGUGUGCGUCCGAAGUCUUUGAGCGCAUGUGCUAUGGAAACUUUACCGAGGGAACGACUGGAGAGAUUAAGCUAACAGACGUGGAGCCCGAAACUUUCGUAAUGUUUCGAAAUUUUAUCUAUAGCGGCGACUCGCAGAUAAAAUGUGAUGACGUAGAACAAAUUAUAAAGCUACUCGAGUUCGGACAUAAAUAUCUUGUGAGCAGCAUUAAGGACGCCUGCGUUGACAAGUUGAGAAAUCGUUUAACUCGAUGCAACGUAAUCGAACUUCUGGCCAUAUAUCAAUGCUCGCACGUACUUUCGUGUUCCUCAUUAUUUAUUGAAGUCAAUUCAUAUCUUAAAGGGGAAGCAAGAGAAAUAGUCAACCAGGCGAACAUUUUUGAUUUUCCAGUGCACACAUUCAAGCAUUUAAUUAUAGAUCUUAAGGGAUGUAUUCAAGAGCUGCAACGUUUUAAUCUUAUUGAAGAAUACUUAUUGAAGAAUACGGCAACUUUAAAUGGCUCCAUAGUCAAAGAAUUUCUUGACUUAAUCUCUUUUGAAAAGUUCACACUUAAAGAUUUCUAUAAAGGACCCCGCAAAUCAAAGCUACUCGAUUUACAACGCAAGUACGAGCUAAUUAAAUUGUAUUCAGUUGUAUGAUGUAUUCCCGAGUUGGACCGUUUUCAACUUAUUGAAAAAUACCUUAAUUUGAAUGAUAAACCCGAAAUUCAAUCCCAUAAGGAAUUAUUUCUUGACUUAAUCUCUUUUGAAAAGUUCACACCUAAAAAUUUCUAUAAUGGACCCGGCAAAUCAAAGCUACUCGAUUUUCAACGCAAGUACGAGCUAAUGUAUUCUAUUGCAAAAGCCCGACACUAUUGAUAUUGACACAAUUAUUUUGUAAUUUGCACUAAGAUCCCAUACCAUAUAAUAAAGUUCAACAUGUGCGACGAUGCCCAGUAGAAAUUGUUUAUGUA